AUGGUUCUGACAUUGGCAGCAGUGCUGCCAACUUCUAAUAUGUUACGGAACCCAGCCAGGCCCUCUAUGCUGCCGUUUCCUCUUUUCCCAAGUGAGGAGCUUGGACCCAAUGCCGGGUUCUGGCAAUCGUCAGUUGUAGGAACAAAGUCUGGAGUAGUGGCUGACAUGAGAGUCAGCCCUGAAGACCUCACCCAGAGAAAUGAGGAACCUGUUCGAGCCCACCCAGCCAGCCGAGCCCACCCGGCCCCUCGGCACCGGAAGGGCCUGUUGCACACUGGCCGAGCGGCGGGGCCAAUCUCACUGCCACCUGAAUGGGAGCGGAGGCGCCAUCGAGGCCGGGUCAAAUUUAUCAAGAUGUCCACGAUCCCGAGGCACUUUGGCCUGAAAUACAAAGAGGAAUCCUAUAUGUUUAAAGAGCUUGAGAAGGUUCGGCAGGAAACUAAAAAGGAUUUUCUCCGAUUCAAGCAGAAGUUGGCCUCCAAGCCGGCUGUAGAUGAAAGGCCAGUCCACAGUCUCUAUGCCCCCGGCGCGGCCCGCCCCGAGCGCGUUUCCCGCUCCGCAGCCCGGACGUCGAGAGGGUCCCCUUCGGCUAAAGGCCCUGCAAUGUCCGCGGCCGCCCUCCUGCAGGAGGUGCUCGGAGGCGCGCCGCGGCCCUCGGGCCUGGGUGAGGCGGCGGCUCCAGGCAAGACCUUGUCGUUUCGCCCCCGGGACUUUUACUUGCGGAGCUCCGCGUUCCUACGGCAUCAGACCCUGAAAAAGCCGCCAGUCAUCGCCUCGGGGUUCGGCACGGCCAGACCCGUGGUCCUGCUGCCAACGCCCGAGCCGCCCGUGAAGCGCAGAGCGUGCAGGGUAUUGGGGAGCUCGCGGCACGCGGCCCCCAGGCCAGUCCUUGACCUGGGCAGGGGGCGCGAGGAGAGCCAGGAGGUAGCUCCUCUCUCAGGGCCCUGCAUGGCCAAAGACAGGAAGGUCAGCUCCAUCUCCACAGAGGACGGUUACACGGAUGUCAGCAGCGGGCGGAGGAAAGUGAGGAUCCGCACCCACUUCAUGAGCGAGAGCCGGGCCCGCGAGGCGCGGGAAGCGGCGGGGUUAGGAGCGCAGGGAGAACAGGAGAGCUUGCCGCCCAGCGACGCGCGGGAGGCCGCCUGGCAGGCGCUGCUGCCCGCCCGCGUGAUCCCCACGUCCAUCGAAGAGAUCAUCGCCUCGCUGCAGUCCGAGGCCCAGCUGGCCUCCGACCAGACCAUCAAAGAGCUCAUACGGAGUAUCCUUGGCCAGAACUACGAUAUUAGAAUGGAAGAUAUUUCUUUAAUGGGAAAAAUGUACCGCAAAACAUCAAGUAUGCAAGCAGAAACACCUGAGAUACAAGCAGAGCAUGGAUUUCAGAUGGGUGCUGAGGAAUCACAAACGAGUAUGCAUAAGGAACUUCCUGAAGCCAUGUCAAGUAUUCUCCAGAUUGAACAAGAGGAUAUAGAAUGGGGAACCUCAGAAGUAGAAAGCACAGUAUUUAAACCUCAGGAAAUUUCGCAAGUUCAGCCAGCAGAGGAAUUAAGUAAACCUUUGGAAGAUGGACAGCCCACAAGUGAUUCAAAAGAAGCCAAGCGGGUGUCUUUAACGGCAAAAUCAUCAGAAUUCUUGCAAAUUGAAGGAAAAGAAGUUAAGCAAAUGCAGAAACGUAUAUCACUGAGACCAAGAAAGUCUUCAAAACCUCUUUGUGAUAAAAAACUACGUGAAAAAAUUCCACGAGACUACUCCAUGCCGCACCUUCAUGAUUUGUGCACCACCAUCCCAGCCCAGGAACUGCCCAUUGACUUGCGCCUGGCUUCUCGAGUGUAUCACACUGCUAACAGGAAAGGCCACAAUACCCUGCUUGGAAAAUUUGGAACCUCUUUCUUAGAUGAUCACUUUACAGAUGAAGAACAAGCAGAUAGAAUAUUAUAUGGAAUUCCUGUUAUGGAUGACAACCAAGAAUAUGUCCAUAUUCCUCUGACACCGCAAGGGAUACCACCUGAAUUGGCACAAGGAACUAGAGAGCGUGCUCACAAACCACACUUGCAAGUCUUGGGAGAGGAAAUGUGUGCUUAUCCAGAAUUCACGAAGUUGUUUUGGAAUACAGCUGCACCUAAAUUCUCUGUUCCAGAAUCUGUCAUGAAGGAAACUCUAUAUCCAAAAUAUGAGAGUGUUCAAGCAAGCAGACUUUUAACUGAUAAAUUUUCAUAUAAAAGCAGUGCCAUUACUUUUCGUCGACACAGCAGAACAAAUUUUUGGUAUUUCUUAUCAAGAAAAUCUGCAUCAUUUGAAAAUAUCCAAAAAUGGUUUGGUGCACAACCUACACAACUAAGGCAAGUAAAAUCUGCUGUAGACUUGAGGAAGGAGGAUAUCAUAGCUCCUUUGGAAAUCAAGAAUGAUAUGCAAAGCAGUAUAAAAGAGGUUAUGUUUCAGAAAACAAAGGAAUUGAAACGUCAGCUCCAGCUCACUAAGCAAAAUAAAACUGAGGAACCCAUCCCUGUGAAAAAAAAUAUAGAUGACAUCUUCGAUAACAUGUGCGAAAAACACAGUUUGAGAAAUCUCUCUUUGACUCUCAUUGAAGCAUCUAAAAAAGCUGGCAUUAGUUACAUUGUUUAUCCCAAGAAAAAGAAGAUGAAAUGGAAGAAAAGAUUGAAACAACAAAAACUUAUAUUCGUGUAUCAAGAGUUAUCCAAGCCUCCAAAAUCCCUUGAAAGAUCAACAUCUCAUGGAAUACUUCCAGAACAGAAGAAAUAUUUGUUCAAAGUUCCAUUAUAUGAACGUCAAAUACGGUGUCCCAGUUUACCUUUGUAUUUAAAUUUUGAAAAAUUCUUCCAAACUAAGGGAGGAAUUCCAGAAAAUAUUGAUCCUCGGACAUGGGCUUUUGAUAGGCUCAUUGCGGACAAAGAUGCGAGCACGCCUGUAAAAGAGAAAGAUGAUAAAAUAUCAGUUCCUAAAGACCCACCUGAAAGAGUGAAAGAACCACCAAAACUAAAAUUAAGUGAUGAUGUGGAGUCCGAUCUUCCACAAGAGGUCAUUAAACAUUAUGAAUCUGAAGUGAAGAUUUUGACUGAAGAAAUAAACGAUAAGACAAAAUAUCCUGCAUUUGCAUAUUGUAGGCGUGGAGCUAUUUAUAGAAAACUGGGAAAGUUGCAGAGUGCCAUGAAUGAUCUACAGAGAUGUAUUUUUUAUGAUCCCAAAAGAACAGAUGCAUUAUUGAAACGUGGGCUGUUUUAUUAUGAAAAUGAAAACUGGUUUGCAGCCAUAGAGGAUUUCACAGCCUUGUUAAAUAUAGAUCACCAAAAUUCUCAAGCAAGGACAUACCGAGGGAUUGCAUAUGUUAAACGGAAAUUUUACAAAGAAGCAACUCAAGAUUUUUCUGCUGCAAUUCACUUAGAUCCUAAUAACUGGUUAGCAUUGUAUUAUCGAGGUUGCUUAUUCAGAAAGAGUAACCCUUUUAGAGCGCUACAGGAUUACAGUGUUUCAGCACUCAUAAAUGAUGGCUAUGAGAAUCUUGGUUGUUUUCUACAUCGGGGAAUAGUCUAUGCACAUCUAAAACUGUGGUUGCUGGCAAUUUGUGACUUUGAAACUGUUAUUUCUCUAGAAAGAACUACUACUUUGGCUUAUGUAAAUAUUGGCCUCAUACAUCUGCUAUACCUGGAUAACUACACGGAAGCCAUUUGGCAAUUUUCUGAGGCUAUUAGAAUUGAUCCUUUAUGUAUUCAAAGCUAUCUUUGUCGAGCAGAAACCUAUUUUAAGGUAUUUAAGGCUUGA